AAAUCCUAUAAGUAAGGCCUUGGUCAUCAAAACUAGAACAGCCUUAGUCCAUCGAUCCUAUUUAGCUGCUCUCAUCAUACAUAGUGCCAGAAUUCCAUCGCGAGCGUUCGAAAACACCUAUCCAUUAAUCUUCUUACCUGAAACAACCAUGGCUUUCGGUCUUCGCAACGUCCUGUCUUCAAGCAAGUCGUCUUCGAAAAAGGAAGCACCGCGGAGUUAUACGAAGCUUCAGGAGUCCAGCAGCUCGAUUUUGAGUGCUGAUGGCGCCGACCUCGAGGCUGCCAAGAGGAAGGCCUACGAGGCCAAGAGGGCCAAGGACGCCGAGGAAUACUUAUACAAAUAUGGCUUCGGUGGUGGCGUCACGACGAACUCUCGCGUCUAGAAAACGGUCAUCGGGGUAGUGGCGUUGGUCGGCCGGCCUGUGUACUUAAUUGGUCGACGAUUGCAGAAUUUCAACACCAAUGGUUCCUUACUUGCUUUUGGGAAGCAGGGUGUCUAUCGUUUACACCUGGAGUAUGACUGGGGCGUUAUGGUGUUCAGGGAAGAAAAGGCUUUGUCUUUGCAAAGGGGAUUCAGAUGAAUGGGAUUUGUAUCCUUUUUUGUUUGUCAUUUUGAAAUCUGAAACAAUUGUUAGAGAUGAUUUGG